AUGAACUACUGUGCCCCCUUGGCACGGCAGAACCAGCUGCCCACGCUGCCCUGCACAAGUCCCAGAGGACUGAUGCCAGGUCACAAAAGAAAAGGCAAGAAACAGCUAAAGACUACCUCCAGGGACAGCAACACCACCACCACCACCUCCUCCCCGGGCAGUCCAUUCCAGUCCCUAAUCGUCUUCCCUGUGAAGAAAUUCUUCCUACUGUCCAGCCUAAACCUCGCCUGGUGCAGCUUAAGCCGUCUUCCCUGUGAAGAAAUUCUUCCUAAUAUCCAGCCUAAACCUCGCCUGGUGCAGCUUAAGCCUGUGUUCUCUCGCCCUGUCGCUGGUUGCCUGGGAGAAGAGGCCAAGCCCCACCUGGCUACGCCCUCCUUUCAGGCAGUUGGAGAGGGUGAUAAGGUCAUCUUCGAGCCUUCUUUUCUGCAGGCUAAACUAACACAGCUCCCUCAGCCGCUUCUCAUGGGACUUGUGCUCCAGCUUCCUUCUUUCCUUGCUCCUGACAGGCUCGCGGAUGCCACGGCGGCGCCCGGGAUGGGGGAACCGCUGAGCACAACUGAGAGGGACCCCACGGUCCGGGGCGGGGAGAUGGCAGGAAGGGAGGCUGAUCCUCGGAGAAACGCAGAUGCCCACCGGGGCCGCGCUGAGGCCGCGCGAGGCUCGGCGCUGGCUCGGCCGGGGCUGCCGGGCUCCGCCGCCCUGCGCGGGGGGGGGGGGGACACUCGCCCUACUGUCAGACCAAAAAAUGAAAUAGAACACAAGCAGCUAUGUGCUUUUGGGGAGUAUGUGGCUGAGAUUCUGCCCAAGUAUAUCCAGCAAGUACAGGUGACCUGUUUCAAUGAGCUGGAGCUUCUGAUCCAUCCAGAUGGGAUCAUUCCCGUCCUGACCUUCCUUCGUGAUCACACCAAUGCCCAGUUCAAAUCCUUGGCUGACCUGACUGCUGUUGAUGUCCCGUCUCGGCAGUACCGCUUUGAGAUUGUGUACAACCUCUUGUCCCUGCGCUUCAACAGCCGGAUCCGUGUGAAGACGUACACCGAUGAGCUGACUCCUGUGGACUCAGCAGUGCCUGUGCACAAGGCAGCAAACUGGUAUGAAAGGGAGGUUUGGGACAUGUAUGGUGUUUUCUUUGCCAACCACCCUGAUCUAAGGCGAAUCCUCACAGAUUAUGGGUUCGAGGGCCAUCCAUUCCGGAAGGACUUCCCACUCUCUGGUUAUGUGGAGGUGCGGUAUGAUGAUGAAGUCAAACGGGUGGUGGCCGAGCCUGUGGAGCUGGCUCAGGAAUUUCGGAAGUUCGAUCUGAAUAGCCCGUGGGAGGCAUUUCCUGCCUAUCGUCCUGCUCCAGAACCCCUGAAAAUUGAAGCAGGAGCAAAGAAAGAAGAUGCCAAAUAGCAGCAGAAGGAAGUGGAUGUGCAGCACCAUCCUUUCUGUUCUAAUAUAGUAUUUAUAACAAUAAAAAUUGAUGUGAGAUA